UGGUCCAAGGUUUUAACCAGGGUCAUGGCCACAGAGAUGCAAAGUCUGUAGAGAACAUUCUUAAUGAUCAAUUUUAAAGCUAACGGUAUGUAAAAUUUUGUCUUUAUUUGUUUGUUAUGAUCCAUCCUAUUAGUAAGCUAACCAGUUUUCAAGCUAGAGAGAAGUGUGCUACCCCCGGUUUAUGUGGGCUACAGAAUUGUGUAGAGCUAUGGGAGGGAAAAUACUGCCGCAGCAUACUUCUGUCCACAUAUUUAUUCAGGAUUAAGGUUAUUACAAUAACAAAAAACUAAUUUAAAACUACAAGUAGUACAAAAAUCACUAGCCCUACAGUUUAUUUGAUGGGAGAAUUUUUACACCUCUUAACUCUUUACUUCACUUUAGAGGACUUGUUUCCCUCAUAGACAGGUUUCCCCCAGACAACCAGAGGGGGGCGGUGUUAAAGGUUUCCUGAAAUCCGGUCACUGUUUACGGAAGUCCAAGUGACGUGUCAAUAUUCGCACAGGCAUUGUGGGAUCGGAACGGCUCUAGCUAUGGUGAAUUCAGGAGCCAUGAAACCCAUGGCUGAAACGAACAAAUAAGUUAUUCGUGCUGGCUGUUACCUUCACUGUAUAUAUCUAUGGUGACAAGUGUUAUGGGUGAUGCAUUGGAUACCUGGCGAAGGAAGGCAGAUGACGUCCUCGGCGGUUUAAUCCUGCUAUCAGACGAUUAGUGCAAGAAAAGUGGAAGAUUGUGUCAAUGGACGCUUGUGUAGUGCUUCUCGUCGCUUGUAUUUUUUCACUGGAGGUGAAAAAGUAGGCCGGACCCUGCCUUAGGAUUGCUAUAGCAAGCCUCUUAUUUUCAUGUUUUGGAUAUUUGGCCUGAGACAAUAGCAAUAAUGUCGACGAGCAGCCCCGAAGCCGUGAAGAAAUUGCUUGAGAACAUGCAAACGGAUUUGCGGUCUCUGUCCAUGGAAUGCAAGAAAAAAUUUCCCCCUGUGAAAGAGGCUGCAGAGUCCGGGAUCGUGAAGAUCAAAACUAUUGCCGCAAGAAACACAGACAUUCUAGCAGCUUUGAAGGAGAACAGCUCAGAGGUGGUGCAGCCUUUCCUUAUGGGCUGUGGGACCAAGGAGCCCAAGAUCACCCAGCUGUGCCUGGCGGCCAUCCAGAGACUCAUGACCCACGAGGUGGUGUCCGAGGCGGCUGCUGGAAACAUCAUUAACAUGCUGUGGCAGCUGAUGGAGAAUGGCCUGGAGGAGCUGAAGCUGCUGCAGACGGUCCUGGUGCUGCUCACCACAAACACAGUGGUGCACGAUGAGGUCUUAUCCAAGGCUAUCGUGCUGUGCUUCCGCCUACACUUCACAAAGGACACCAUCACCAACAACACAGCUGCCGCCACGGUGCGACAGGUCGUCACUGUCGUCUUCGAGAGGAUGGUGGCAGAAGAUGAGCGAUUUAAAGGCAUGGCUGAUGAGCCCCCGCCAGUCCAGGGCAACAGCAACCGCCGCUCGGUCAGCACCCUCAGGCCCAGUGCCAAGGACGCCUACAUGCUCUUCCAGGAUUUGUGUCAGCUGGUGAACGCUGACGCUCCGUACUGGCUGGUGGGCAUGACGGAGAUGACGCGCACGUUCGGUCUGGAGCUGCUGGAGUCGGUGUUGAAUGACUUCCCUGGAGUCUUCCUGCAGCACCAGGAGUUCAGCUUCCUGCUGAAGGAGCGCGUGUGCCCCCUGGUCAUCAAGCUCUUCUCGCCCAACAUCAAGUUCCGGCAGGGCAGCAGCGGUGGCAGCUCGGCCUCGCCCGCGCCCGUGGAGAAGCCCUACUUCCCCAUCUGCAUGAGACUGCUGCGCGUCGUCUCCGUCCUCAUCAAGCACUUCUAUAGCCUGCUGGUGACAGAGUGUGAGAUCUUCCUCUCUCUGCUGGUGAAGUUCCUGGACGGGGAGAAGCCGCAGUGGUUGCGAGCCGUGGCCGUCGAGUCUGUGCACCGGUUGUGUGUUCAGCCUCACCUGCUUCGCUCCUUCUGCCAGUCCUAUGACAUGAAGCAACACUCCACCAAGGUCUUCCGGGACAUUGUCAACGCCCUGGGGUCCUUCAUCCAGUCCCUCUUCAUCGUGCCCAACGCUGGGAACCCAGCAUCCACCAACACACCUGUUGGUCAGUGUGGUUCUGGGUCGGCAGCGCAGACGGCAGCCCAGAGCGGGCAGGGCUUGGCGGGGGUGAGCGGGGUCCUGACCACGCAGGCUGCCUUUGAGUACCGGGGCACCUGGAUCCCCCUCAUGACCGUCAGCGUGCAGGGCAGCGCCAAGGCCACCUACCUGGAGAUGCUGGACAAAGUUGAGCCGCCGUCCAUCCCCGAGGGCUACGCCAUGUCUGUGGCCUUCAGCGCCCUGCUGGACCUGGUGCGGGGCAUCACCUCCAUGAUCGAGAAGGAGCUGGCAAAGGAGGAGGAGGAUGCCGCCACCCGGGACGGCUCAGAGGCACCCGCCUCACAGGGGAACCCCCAAGAACCCCUGGCGCAUCAGGUGUGGGAGGAGAUGGUGAAUGCGUGUUGGUGUGGCCUUCUGGCUGCUCUCUCUCUGCUUCUAGACGCCAGCACGGACGAGACGGCCACGGAGAACAUCCUGAAGGCGGAGCUGACCAUGGCCACUCUGUGUGGGCGUCUGGCCCUGGUGACGCCACGGGACGCCUUCAUCACGGCCAUCUGCAAGGCCUCCCUGCCCCCGCACUACGCCCUGACCGUCCUCAGCAGCAAUGCAGCCAACUUCUCCAACAAGACCUACUCCAUCCAGGGCCAGAGUGUGCAGAUCAUCAGCCCCUCCAGCGAGUCCCACCAGCAGGUGGUGGCUGUGGGUCAGCCCCUCACAGUGCAGCCCCAGGGCACGGUGGUGCUCACAGCUAAAAACAUCCAGUGCAUGCGGACCCUGCUGAAUCUGGCCCACUGCCAUGGCGCUGUGCUGGGCACCUCCUGGCAGCUUGUUCUCGCCACACUCCAGCACCUGGUGUGGAUAUUGGGCCUGAAGCCAGGGGUUGGCGGCGUGCUGAAGCCAGGCCGUGCCGUGGAGGGCCCAAGCACGGUCCUGACCACGGCUGUGAUGACUGACCUGCCUGUCAUAUCCAACAUCCUCUCCAGGCUGUUUGAGAGUUCCCAGUACCUGGAUGAUGUAUCCCUUCAUCACCUGAUCAAUGCCCUCUGCUCUCUGUCCAUGGAGGCUAUGGAGAUGGCCUAUGGAAAUAACAAGGAGCCUUCCCUCUUUGCGGUGGCUAAGCUCUUAGAGACGGGGCUGGUGAACAUGGACCGCAUCGAGAUACUGUGGAGACCCCUCACAGCUCAUCUCCUGGAGAAGGUGUGUCAGCACCCUAAUGCCCGUAUGAGAGAGUGGGGUGCGGAGGCGGUGACCUCACUCAUCAAAGCCGGCCUUUCGUACAAGCAUGAUCCUCCUCUGUCCCAGAACCAGCGGUUGCAGCUGCUCCUGCUGAAUCCGCUGAAGGAGCUCUCCAACGUGCUCCACGCCGACAUCAGGCAGAAGCAGCUUGAGUGUGUCCUGCAGAUCCUGCAGAGUCAGGGGGACAGCCUGGGGCCCGGCUGGCCCCUGGUGCUUGGCGUCAUCGGAGCCAUCCGCAACGACCAAGGAGAGUCCUUAAUCCGAACAGCCUUCCAGUGCCUGCAGUUGGUGGUAACUGACUUCCUACCCACCAUGCCUUGCACAUGCCUCCAGAUUGUAGUGGAUGUUGCUGGCAGCUUUGGUCUUCAGAACCAAGAACUCAACAUUAGCCUCACCUCCAUUGGCCUUCUGUGGAACAUCUCGGACUACUUCUUCCAGAGGGGAGAGACCAUCACGAACGAGCUGGAGCGGGAGGAGGUCAUGCUGGAGAAACAAGCCCUGGAGAAGGGCGAGCCUCUCAACAGGCCCUUCCACCCGGCGCCUCCCUUCGACUGCCUCUGGCUCUGUCUCUACGCCAAGCUGGGCGAGAUGUGCGUGGACCCGCGGCCCGCCGUCCGCAAGAGCGCCGGCCAGACCCUGUUCUCCACCAUCGCCGCCCACGGUACACUCCUGCAGCAGCCCACCUGGCACAUCGUUGUCUGGAAGGUGCUGUUCCAUCUCCUGGACCGUGUGAGGAAGUCCUCAACCACAGCUGACAAGGAGAAGAUCGAGUCUGGGGGCGGGAACAUCCUCAUCCACCACUCACGGGACACGGCAGAGAAGCAGUGGGCGGAGACUUGGGUGCUCACUCUCGCUGGGGUGGCACGGAUCUUCAACACCAGAAGAUACCCUCUGCAGCAGCUAGGUGAUUUCUUCAAGGCCUGGGAGGUGCUCCUGGACCACAUCCAGUCGGCUGCCCUCAGCAAAAACAACGAGGUCUCGCUGGCCGCCCUCAAGAGCUUCCAGGAGAUCCUGCAGAUAGUCACCCCCGUCAAGGACACAGAGAAGCCCGAAGCCCUCGCCGCCAUGUGCGUGCCCCCCGUGCUCGUGGACGCGCUGGCGGCCGCCGGCCCCGGCAGACCCCUGCUGCGCUCUGACUCGCUGGCCGAGCGUCUGGCCCAGCGCUACAUGAACAGCGCCCAGGCCCAGCCUCCCCUGCCGCCUCCGCCCGGCGGCGCGGAGGAGCUAGACGACUCGGCCCUGUGGUGGUCGGCCUGGAACACGUGGUACCGCACGGGCACCGAGUGCACGCGGCCGCCGCCGCCCGGCGCCGACAAGCCCGCCUUCAUCCCCAGCCAGCCCUUCCUGACGGCGCUGGUGCAGAUCUUCCCGGCGCUCUACCAGCACGUCAAGAGCGGCUUCAGCAUGGAGGACCUGCGCAAGCUGGGCGUCAUCCUGCACGGCGCCGUCUCCGUGCCCAUCAGCUCCGACGCAUCGCCCUUCAUUCUGCCCUCCUACACCGAGGCCGUGCUCACUAGCCUGCAGGAGGCCGUGCUCACAGCCCUCGACGUCCUGCAGAAGGCCAUUUGUGUGGGGCCGGAGACCCUGCAGGUUAUGUACCCUGCCAUCUUCGAGCAGCUGCUGCUGUUUGUGGAGUUCUCCUGCAAGCCUCCGCAGUACGGCAAAGUGGAAACCAAACACGUGGCCAACGCUAAAUACAACCAGAUCCAACUGUUUGCACCGGCUGAAUGGGUGGCCUUAAACUAUGUGCCCUUUGCUGAGAGGUCUCUUGAAGUAGUGGUAGACUUGUACCACAAGACUGCUUGCCACAAGGCAGUCAUAAACGAGAAAGUUCUUCAAAACAUCAUCAAGACCCUUCGGAUGCCGCUGGGCCUGAAGUACGCCUGCCCUGCGGAGAGCACGUGGAAGCUGGCCGUCUCCUCGCUGCUCAAAGUGCUCUCAAUCGGCCUCCCCGUCGCCCGCCAACACGCCUCCUCCGGCAAGUUUGAUACCAUGUGGCCAGAGCUUGCCGGCGCCUUCGAAGAUUUCUUGUUCACCAAAAGCAUGCCUCCGGAUAACCUGUCGAUCCAGGAGUUCCAGAAAAAUGAAGCAGUCGAUGUUGAGGUGGUGCAGCUGAUCAGCACAGAGAUUUUGCCAUUCGCCAACUUCAUCCCCAAAGAUUUUGUUGGCCAGAUCAUGGCGAUGCUCAACAGAGGCUCCAUCCACUCUCAGUCCUCCUCUUUCACUGAGGCUGAGAUUGACAUCCGGAUGCGGGAGGAUUUCUCCAAGGUGUGCUUCGAGACGCUGCUGCAGUUCUCCUUCAGCAACAAGGUGUCCACGCCACAGGAGGGCUACAUCUCGCGCAUGGCGCUGUCGGUGCUGCUGCAGCGGGCGCAGGACGUGCUGCGGCGCUACGUGGAGGACGAGAGGCUGAGCGGGCGCUGCCCACUGCCCAGGCAACAAGUCACCGAAAUCAUCUUUGUCUUAAAAGCAGUUAGCACUCUAAUGGACUCACUUAAAAAGACCCAGCCAGAAAAUGUGGACGGAAACACCUGGGCCCAGGUCAUAGCGCUGUACCCCACGCUGGUGGAAUGCAUCACUUGUUCCUCCUCGGAGGUCAGCUCAGCUCUCAAGGAGGCCCUGGGGCCCUUCAAAGACUUUAUGCAGCCCCCCGUGUCCAAAGUGCAGAACGGGGAGUCCUGACCAGCCACCCCUCGCCCCCCCUCAAACCGGGAUCAGGAGGAGGGAGGACUUUUUAAUUACUUGAGGGGGUAAAAAAAAGUUGAAUGUGUCCUUACUACGCCACAGGAGCGGACUCUGAUCUCCCACGAGCCUGUUUGAAGGACAGUAACCCAUAGCAACCGCCGUGGCAAAUGGUAUUGAACGCUCCGCGAUCAAGGGUUGACCUUCAUCACCAUAAGCUUCUCAAACACAUUGAUGACCCAUUCCCAAUGGCUGGACUCACAGUUGAUUAACUGCUACAGUACAUUUGCAGUGUUUUUUUUUCUUUUCUUUUCUGCAAGGGGAGUUGAUGUACAGUGUGUGUGGUGAUAAGUGUUAACGAUGUAAGUCAGAAUGAGUUAUCUGGGCUUUAUUCAUCUUUGAAAUGGAGAAGAAAAAAAAAACAGCGAACAAAGAAACGUGUGAAGGAAGAAUGCUCUUUUGUGGUGGACUCUUUUUGACCACACAGGAUUUUAUGCAAGAUCUUACUGUAACAUUCCAUGUCAUCUUUAGUCCGCUUGAGAAGGGGUGUCCUUGUGUGUUUAAAAUAAAUGGGAAAAAAGUUCUACAAGCUUGGUGUUCGAUAUGAUGAAGUACAUUUUUUUUCACAUUUUCACGAUCUUCCCUCCAUCAGUCGGUAGUCAGAUACGGCAAUGUUCAGAGAUGAUUGAAUGGUUACAUCCUAUGAAUGGAGGGUUUAAAUUGUACUGAGUACCAGAUGACAAGGCUAUUCUCUGGGUUAUCCUUUUUUCUCCUUGCUCUCAAAAUGAAACCUCCCUAAUCUGCAGCAUAAUACAGGCACAGUAAAUCCAUGCAGCAUGUGGUGGGACUAAUGCUGAAAUUCAUCAAUGGCUGUGCCUUACAUUCAUGUCAAAAAUACUGUAUAUGUUAUGUACAUCUAUUAAAUGCUGUGUUUGUGCAUAUGUUGGAAUAUGAUGAAGUGAUAUUGUUUCACAUACUUGGGGUAAUCGGCUUGAAUUGGCUGCAAGGUCGUAAUCGAGCUACCUUGGUGUUUGGUAUUUACGGUUCAAAAUCAAAUUCUUGGACUGGAAACUAAUAGGAAAUAACUUUUGAAUACAUAUGGUACUACAAUGUCACCACCAUCUUUACUCCUACUACUACCACUACUAUUUUGUUAUUACCAUUACGUCUACUAUCAUUAUCAUUACUACUGGUUUUAUUCUUAACCAUUAUCAUUUACUGUACAACGGUAAAUUGAUUGGUCUUGUAAUGGUGGAACAUAUCAGAUGUCUAGUAUGUUAUCUGUAUUCUCGCUGAUGGCAGUAGGAGUAGUAGCAGGUCAUGUGAGGGGAAGGGCGAAUUGUAGGGAGGUUGGCAGAGGGGUGGAGAGAGCAACGGAGCCAUAGGCGGGGUUAUCGUGCUACUUCAAUUGCGCCUUUGAGCACGCCGAGAAAAAGCGUAAGGCAAGCGGGAGAGACGGAAGGAAGAAGUGUACCUCUGCGAUUUAUUCAGGCAAACGAGGCAAUUCUUUUUUCCCCUUAGUUGAAUUUUACGGAUUUUUGAGGAUCUGCAUUCCUGGUGCGCCAUGUACUGGCUGAGGUAGUAGUUUGUGCUGUUGGUUGGGAUGUGACAUUGCCCGCUAUGGAGAUGACUGCGCAAGCUACUGCCUUGCUAGUGCUGGUGGAGAUCGACUUCAGACGAAGGAACGACUUCAUUUUACAUGAUUAUAAUUCUGAUAUCUUAUCGACAGCUGUUCGGGUUUCCGUUUGACGUGUGCUACGGUAUUCAUGCUUAUGUUCACAAUUGAACGGUUUCGGGUGCACCGCGUGUGAGCAUUGCACGAGUGCUUGAUUAAGGAAGCGGUAGGUGUUGUGUGGUAUCUACUCGGAAAAUAAAUUACUGGUUACUGGAA